UUUCCCUUUAAAAUGCCUCAAACUGCCCCAGAAAAUCAAAAUAAUCAACAUACCCCUUCAAAUAUAUUAAUUACUGGAGGUUGUGGAUUUAUCGGCUCCAAUUUCCUCAAUUAUAUAUUUGAUAAAUGGCCAAAUUCGAAAUUUGUUAACGUCGAUAAAUUAAUUUUAAAUAGUGAUUGUAAUUAUGUGGACAGUAAAAUACGUAAUUCUGAUAGAUACAAAUGUGUGCUGACGGAUAUAAAAAAUACACGAAUUUUGGAAAGUGUUUUGGUCGAGAAUGAGGUGAGGGAAUAUAAUAAAUAA